AUGCUCGACUGGUUUUUAUCACAAUUCGACACGGUCGAUGUCGUCGUCCUUGUUGCGCUUGCCAUCGGUGGCCUUUACUUCUACUUCAAGAUGAACGCAAAUAAUAAAUCUUCUUUCGCUCCAAAGUCCACUCCAGUCGUUCCAGUGAGACAACAGCGCGAACAAGGAUUUAUUGCUCGCAUGAAAAAUGAAGGAAGACAGGUGUUGAUUUUAUAUGGAUCACAGACCGGAACAGCUGAAGAGUUAUCAGGACGUCUAGCAAAGGAUUUACACAGAUAUACACAAAAAGCUUUGGUGCUGGACCCUGAAGAAAUUGACGUUGAUGAUCUUACUAGGUUACCAGAAGUUGAAAAUGUUCUGCUGGUGUUGUGUGUUGCCACGUAUGGAGAAGGAGAUCCAACGGAUAAUGCUCAGCAACUCUUCGAAUUCAUCAAAAAUACCGAUGCUGAUUUCAAAGGAGUCAAAUAUGCGGUAUUCGGACUUGGAAACAAAACCUAUGAGCACUUCAAUGAAGUUGGAAAGAUCUUCGAUACUCGACUUGAAGAACUUGGAGCCGAGCGAGUGUACACGCUAGGGCUGGGAGAUGAUGAUGCCAAUCUUGAAGAAGAUUUUAUGAGAUGGCGUGAAGGCUUUUUGCCCCAUGUUGCGCAGGAGUUUGCGUGGGAGUUGAAUACCGAUGCUGAGACACAACGACAAUAUCGGCUUGAGCUACUUGGCGAGGAGAAUCAAGUAACAUUGUUCAAGGGAGAAUAUGGCCGAUUGGGUGCUUUCGAACGACAGCGACCACCCUUCGAUUUGAAAAAUCCGUUUUUGGCCUCAAUCAUGACGAAUCGUGAAUUGCACAGCGAAGAAAGUGAUCGAUCUUGUCGGCAUGUAGAACUUGCGCUUGAAGGUUCACGUAUUCGAUACGAGGCUGGGGAUCACGUAGCUUUGUUCCCGACGAAUGAUCCAUCGGCCGUGGCUGCGGUACUUGAGCGUCUUGAUACAGAUUCAGAUCAGGCGUUCCGAUUGAUCAACACUGAUGAAGAAUCAAGCAAGCGAAAUCCAUUCCCAUGUCCAACCACUCUUCGAACAGCAUUUACUCACUAUGUUGACAUUUGUGCUCCUUUGAAAUCACACGUCUUGAAAGCCCUCGCUGAGUUUUGCACUGAUGAAAAGGAAAAGGAAAAACUAAAGUUGCUCAGCACACCAUCGGAAGAAGGAUUGAAAGAAUAUGCUUCUUACAUUGUUAAAGGACGAAGAAGUCUGGUCGAUGUACUUCGAGCUUUCCCUUCAUGCCGUCCUCCAUUUGAUUAUCUUCUCGAGCUUCUUCCGCGACUCCAAGCUAGAUAUUAUUCAAUUGCCUCAUCGCCAAAGCACUCAGAAAACGCUAUUCAUGUUACUGCCGUGGUCACGACAUACUCAAUUGCCGAUGAACAUGAUGAGCGAUUUAUCAAGGGCGUUUGCACUAAUUGGUUGAAAGAAAAGAACACCAGCGAAAAAGUUCCAAUCUUUGUGCGAAAAUCUCAAAUGCGCUUGCCUCACAGAACAACAACUCCGGUAAUUCUCAUCGGACCCGGAACAGGACUCGCACCAUUCAGAGGGUUUAUCCAAGAGCGAAAGUGGCACAAGGAUCAAGGAAAAGAAGUUGGCGACAUCAUGCUUUUCUUCGGCUGCCGCGAUCCAACCAAGGAUUAUAUCUACAAAGAUGAACUUGAGGGUUAUCGCAAUGCUGAGGUGAUUACGGAUUUACAUGUUGCCUUUUCAAGGAUACAAGGAAAACCUAAAGUUUACGUGCAACAUUUGAUGUGGGAGCAAAAAGAGCGUGUAUGGGCUUUGCUUGAACAAGGAGCACAUAUUUAUGUUUGCGGUGAUGCUCGUAAUAUGGCUAAAGAUGUACAAAAUUGUUUGCUUCGUAUCCUUCGCGAGGUUGGCGGGCAAUCGGAAGAAGAAGCGAUUCGUUUCUUCAAGGAUCUUGAACGUCAACGUCGCUAUCAAGCCGAUGUUUGGAGU